AGGAGCGUCAAUGGUAGCAUAAUUGAAGUAAGAUCUUCCUGUUAACCGGCAACAAUCUCCUCUCCCUUUUUUUAUGUGUCAAAAUGUCGGAUAACCCUCUGCAAGCAAUCUGUAGCACCAUUGGAAGAAUUUCAGUCUCUCUUCACACAAAUAUUUCAAAAUUGAUCAGCAUCACCCAAAAGCCACAUACAGGUACAAAUGUACAGUUUUCAGUUUCUGUACCUGCACCUCCCACAGCUACCUCAUCGAUGCUUGCCGCUGAUUCUUCUCUUUUCCAACCCACGGAAAAGGUUGGUCCAGUGACUAGGGAACAGCUCGGAAGGGCCACUUGGACUUUCAUUCACACUCUUGGUGCUCAGUAUCCAGAAAAGCCAACCAGGCAGCAAAAGAAAGAUGUUAAAGAACUGAUGGCAAUUAUAUCCCGCAUAUACCCUUGCAAGGAAUGUGCAGACCACUUCAAAGAAGUGCUAAGAUCAAAUCCUAUACAGGCAGGUUCACAAGCUGAGUUUUCCCAGUGGCUAUGUCGAGUGCACAAUGUUGUUAACCGGAGCCUUGGGAAGCCAACGUUUCCAUGUGAACGAGUUGAUGCAAGAUGGGGGAAGCUGGACUGUGAGCAUCGCGUAUGUGAUUUACAAGGGUCCAUGACCCUUUUCGGCAGUCAAACCGAUUAAAGGUAAGGUGCUGAUAUAUAUAUAUAUUACUAUGAUCAACCAGUUAUAUAUCUUAUACCAGAAAUGUAUAUCAGUGAACCCAUUGUUACUCAGACAUCAAGAUACAAAAUUUGUUGAAUAUAAAAGCGAAUCAGUGUCUUUUUUUGGUGCCAA